AUGCAGGCGAUACCUCUCAUGAUGGAGCAUAGAGAUGUCCUUGCUAGUGCCCCAACUGGAUCCGGAAAGACUCUUGCUUUUGCCGUACCCAUUAUUCUGGAUGUCUUGAGACUGAAGAAACUGAAGAAAUACAAGGAUGGAUCCAAGCUUUUGGCGAUCGUUUUAGAACCGACAAGGGAGCUGGCUGCUCAGACUUACCGCCAGUUCCUAAAAUUCAGCCAGAAUUUGCCUGUGAACACUGCCUUAUUUGAAACUGAAGAAGUACCGCAUAAUGUUGAUGUUUUGGUUUCCACUCCAAAUCGACUAACGCAUCACUUGAAGGAUAUGAAACUGAAGUUUUUGAGAUGGCUCAUCGUCGAUGAAAGUGAUCGCCUUUUUGAAGUUGUCGAAGGGCAAGAGCGAUGUUUUCGCAAUCAGGUAAGUGCUGGAGAGGCACUUGGUUAA